AUGUCGCUGUCAUCAUCUCCUCGCUCGUCGACGGGCUCUGACAAGGAGCUAAGGUCCGACUCAGCCAGCUCAGGCUCGGACUCGGAGCUGAGAUCUGUUUCUGGCAUCAGCACAGGUGCUACGACGCCUGUUACCACUCCUGGUUCCUCCAACGCUGGCUCCAUCGACGCCCUCAAGGGUACCGAGCUCAUACGGGAGAAUACAGCUAGCCCAUCUUCCCUUGAAUCGGAGCUUGAUAGCGAAAGCGUGUAUGGCGAGCACCUGCCACCCGUGCCAAAGACUGGCGACGUCAAGCCGCUGUCUAUCGACAAUGGGACACCGGAUGCUUGGGUUGCUCGCGACGAACGCCUUAUCCGGCUCACAGGAAAACAUCCUCUCAAUGUCGAGCCACCGCUUAUCGACAUUCUCAAGACUGGAUUUCUUACUCCUCAAUCUCUGUUCUACGUUCGCAGUCACGGUGCUGUCCCUUACGUAUCUGAAGGUGAUGCCAAGGACUGGAAGCUGCGCAUACAUGGUCUAGUGGAGAAGGAGAUCAACUUUACCAUCGAAGAGCUCAAGCAAAAGUUCGAGACCGUUACGCUACCUGUCACCCUGGUCUGCGCCGGCAACAGGCGCAAGGAACAAAACAUGGUUACCAAGGGUCUUGGCUUCAAUUGGGGAGCAGCAGGCGUGUCUACAGGCCUCUUCACUGGCGUCUACCUCGCGGACCUCUUGGACUACUGCAAACCCAUUCGACCCGCUGGUGCCUUUCCCUAUGACCGCAAAAUGCCAGGCCGAGCUCGACACGUCAUAUUUGAAGGCAUCGACGAGCUGCCGAAGGGUAAAUAUGGUACUUCGCAGCGACUCACUUGGGCCAAAGAUAGAAGCAAAGGUAUGCUCAUCGCCUGGGGCAUGAAUGGUGAACCUUUGAGUCCCGACCACGGCUUUCCGCUGCGCUUGAUCGUGCCGGGACAGAUUGGUGGAAGGAUGGUGAAAUGGCUCAAUCGCAUUGAGAUUUCGGAUGAAGAGUCACAGCAUUAUCUACACUUCUGGGAUAACAAAGUGUUGCCGACGCAGGUCACCGCAGAUCAGGCUAGAAGUGAAGAACACUGGUGGAAGGAUCCCAAGUAUAUCAUCAACGACUUGAACGUCAACGCUGCAGCUCUGACUCCUGAUCACAACUCCACACUUGAUAUCAGUCAUGCUGGACCAUCUUCUUACCGCAUCUGCGGAUAUGCUUACACAGGCGGCGGCAAGAGGAUUCAUCGUGUCGAGGUCUCUUUGGAUGACGGCAAAUCUUGGGAGCUUUCGCAGAUCGACAUGCCAGAAGACAAAUACCGCAUCGCUCCCAUUCGCAACCACCCAUUCUUUGGCACGCUGGACCUCACCGAAACAGAGAUGAGCUUUGCCUGGUGCUUCUGGGAAUUAGACGUUGACACCGCAAGGCUCAAGGAGUCUUCCGUCAUCUCAAUUCGCGCCACCGACGAAGGCUUGGCCGCUAUGCCUCGAGAUAUGUACUGGAAUGCUACCUCGAUGAUGAACAACUGGUGGUUCAGAGUCGCCAUUCAUCGGGAUGAUGACCAGCAACAGCUUCGUUUCGAGCAUCCAACCCUAGCAGGCAACGCCCCCGGCGGAUGGAUGCAGAGGAUGAACGAUGAAGGAGCCAACCCUCGUUAUCCGCAAUUCGGAGCUGACGCCGCGCAGUCCAACGAAGCAUCAACUCAAAAGGUCGUGCCGGCCAAGAUUGACAUUGAAGAGGUCAUGACGCAUGUCGAUAAGCGAACGACCGUGGUGACCAAAGCUCAAGUUGCCGAGCACGCAAACGAGACUUCGCCCUGGUUCGUCGUGGGCGAUCACGUCUACGACGGCACAGCUUUCCUCGAGAAGCAUCCUGGUGGUUCAGAGAGCAUCACGCUCGUAGCCGGCGAAGAUGCUACCGAAGACUUCAUGGCCAUACAUUCGAUGGACGCGAAGAAACAAAUGCGCGACUACCACAUCGGAAGAAUCGAGGCUGGUGGCUUGGUCAAGACUGAAGGACCGAUAGAAGACGAUCCAACGGCGCCAUUCCUGAACGCCAAGCAGUGGAAAAAGUCUGUGCUUGUGGAGAAGGACGUCAUCUCUCACGACUCUGCGAUCUACCACUUUGCCAUGGAUCGACCUGAUCAGCGCGUCGGCUUGCCGACCGGCCAGCAUGUAUACCUGCGUCUGCGGGACAAGGAUGGACAAAUCGUCCGAGGCAGCGCCGCCGAGGGAGAAUUGGUGCAGCGCGCAUACACACCUUUCUCUAGCGAUGAUCUUCAAGGCUCACUGCAGAUUUUGAUCAAGACGUACAAACCAUCUGCGGAUGGCAAGACUCCAGGGGGCCGCUUCACCACACUGCUAGAACAGAUGAUCCCGGGAGAAGAUACCAUAGAGAUGAAAGGUCCGCUAGGUCAUCUGAAGUAUCAACCCGGCGGCGUUAUUCAGCUGCAUGGUCACGAGCACCAUCAUCUGAAGCGUGUGGCCAUGAUUGCCGGAGGCAGUGGCAUUACACCCAUCUGGAGCACGCUCAAGGCCUUGCUCAGCGACCCCGAUGCUGCGCACGUUGAGAUAGCCAUCCUUGAUGCGAAUCGCACGGAAGCGGACAUCCUAGCCAGAGUACAUCUGGACGAAGCUCUUGCAGCCAGCGGUAGAACCAAUGUCAGACUCUGGCAUGUGCUCAGCGACCCCAACGUCUCGCCGGAAUGGAAGAUGGGCAAGGGUAGAUUGACGAAGGAGCUACUCGAGCAGCACCUCUUUCCACCACCACCUGCAGACAUCAGCGCAGACAAGCUGGACGACACUCUUGUUCUUCUCUGCGGACCUCCGCCAAUGGAAGCCGCUGUCGUCGAUCACCUCAAGGCGAUUGGCUGGCCAGCGCGGACCAUCGUACAAUUCUGA